AUGGGAAAGCAAAAGAAAACAAGGAAAUAUGUGACCAUGAAGCGAAUGCCUGGUCUGAGAGAUCAGAGGCUUAAAGGAAAGGAUAGAUUAAAACCUAAAAAGAAAGAAAAGAAAGAUCCUAGUGCACUCAAGGAAAGAGAAGUCCCCCAGUACUCUUCCUGCUUAUUCUCCCAAUAUAGCACACUGCUGGGCCCACCUUACCACAUCCUGGUUGAUACCAGCUUUUCCAUGCAGGCUGAACUGGACUUAGUGCAGUCAAUGAUGGACUGUCUCUAUGCCAAGUGGAUACCUUGUAUAACCAACUGUGUAAUGGCUGAAACUGAGAAAUUGGGGCAGAAAUAUCGAGUGGCUCUAAGGAUCACCAAGGAUCCAAGAUUUGAACGAUUUCCAUGCACACACAAAGGAACCUAUGCAGAUGACUGCUUAGCACAGAGAGAAACUCAGCACAAGUGUUACAUUGUGGCCACAGGUGACCGGGACUUUAAACGAAGAGUCAGGAAGAUCCCCAGAGUUCCCGUCAUGUACAUUUCUAACCACAGGUACAACACUGAGCGGAUGCCAGAUGACUAUGGAGCCCCUCGGUUCUAA